UCAAAGGACUUCCGGCAAGAAAAGGACGUCUAUGCAUUUGGCACUGCAGCAUGUGAACGAGGGGAAUGACGAAGAAGAAUGCGAGAAUGCGGGACAGCGCAGUUACGUAUACGAAUACGCUUGGCCCCUUAGCCUCUCCCUCCAUCAAACCCUUACCCACGGGCCGAGUCCACUGGACAAUUGGGCAUGAUCGAACGGCUUUUUCGGAAUGCCGGGCGGUCAACAGGCCUGAUCUGACAAACCAGUGAGAGCCAUGAUAACAUCAGCACCUUACCUGGGACCGGACGCAUGACAUCCUCGUCUCCUGCCGAGAAGAUCACAAAUGAUAAGCCCAGCACCGGCACAAACCUUCAACCGACCGGUACCCUCCCCGCCGGCCAGACGCCGUUCUCCAUGACCGAAACACGCACCUGGCCGGCCUAUUGCGUCUGGGUGGUUAUGUCAUGCCGGCUGGUUCUGCAACUCGCUGGUCAGUGCUUCGCCAGCUGAUUCUCGCAGGAUGCGCUGGCCGUCCACAUACGCAAACACCCCUAACAUUUCUCUCUCUCUCUCUCUCUCUCUCUCUCCGUCAGCUCGGCUGCGCUCCCGGCCGAGAUGAAGUCUCGGCCUCCCUGAACGCAUCUGCAAGGGAUUGUCUUAUCACCGCUGGGCCUCCCGGUCUUUCAAAGUCUCACUCUCACCAUGAUCCAUUGUGACAUGGUAGGUGCAGCCACUCAUCUUGCAAGGUUGAUUCACAUCAGCCACCCACUACAAGAAGAGGCUUCGGUCAAAUUCGACGUCCAAGUAGGUGGGGACGGGGAAUUGGUGUGCGUCAGCCAUGUGGCACUGGGUCUUGAUCAACAUUUGACACAGGAGCGCCAUCCAUCGUCAUGAGGUCAUUUUGGGUGGCAGAAGCCAAUUGCCUAACAAGGGCGCGGCGACGUUUGGGACUUUGGCUGAUCUAACACGUAAUUUACGUCGACGUCGUGCUUUACUUUCUUCUCCCGUUGUUCUCUAGGCCGUCGGCAA